GAAUUCAAAAUGAGAAGGAUCCAUAAUAUGUUCAGCAUGGUCCAAGCUAUUACUGUUCUCACGGUUUUGAAAAUGCUCGCCAAUGCACAGACGACGUGCAACGGGGGCGCGGGUCGAGUGGUUUACGAAAGGCUACCGGACCAACAACUGCAAGGGUUCGACGACGAAGUGGUGAGAGAUUCGGCACCACCCUUUCGGGUGUUGGAGAAGUGCCAAGAGCUUUGUUUGCGCGACAGAACGGCGACGAACAAUUUGGUGCGAGCUUGCGCGAGUUUCGACUUUCAGCCCGGCAGCAGGAUAGCGUCGUUCAGCGGCGCGGCCGAGUACGAGGAGAGCACGUGUUACUUGAGCUCCGAGCAAGCCCAACCCGAGGGCAUCGGCAAUUUGAUGAUGGUACCCAACAGCGUUCACUUCACCGAGAUAUGCCUGACUUCGAGUCGAAUAGAGAGGGAAUGUCCUAACAGACGUUACGCUUUCGAGAGACAUUCGCGAAAAAAAUUGAAAUUGCCAGCGACCGACAUCAAGGAAGUCACAGCAGCUAAUAGAACCGAAUGCGAAGAUCGAUGUCUCAACGAGUAUAGUUUCGUUUGUCGUUCAGCUACUUACGAUGUUUCUCAGCGAAGCUGCCAAUUGAGUCGUUUUACAAGAAGAACUCACCCUGAUCUACUCGAGGACAGCGCGAAUUCGGAAUAUUUAGAAAACACGUGUUUGAACGCCGAGCAUCGCUGCGACGGCUUGGCAGUAUUUAUAAAAGAAGAGAACAAACGUCUGCGCGGUCCGUUUGAAGUGGACAUUUAUACGAAUUUGACCCUCGACGAGUGUCAAGCGCUUUGCUUGAGGGCAGAAAAGUACUUCUGUCGGAGCGUCGAGUACGACGAGCAAACCCGCCAGUGCGUCAUAUCUGAGGAGGACUCGGUCUCGCAAAGAGAUGAUAUUGGCAUCAGCAGCAGUCCCAGUUAUCACUUUUACGAUCUAGUUUGCUUGGACAACCAUCCGUCUAUAGCACGAGGCUCCGAGUAUCCGGACAAUAGUGUCUCGUCGCAUUUGUUUUCCGACGGUCGCCGUCCCGACACGGCCUUUCAACGUUUUCGAAACUCGCGACUAAGUGGCGAGUUCCAUUCGGAGAUUACCGGCAGGAGUUUGAGCGAGUGCCUAGACGAGUGUCUGAGACAGACGAGUUUCCAGUGUAGAUCGGCUGUCUACUCGGAGCACUACAGAACCUGCAGGUUGAGUCGUUUCAAUCAGAAGGACGGCCACAGAAUUAUCUAUGAUGCUGACUACGAUUAUUAUGAAAACUUGAUGCAUCAAUACUUAGACGGUGAUGGAGGUUCGGGAUCGAGACCUGAUCCGCUGGGUCAAGAUACGAAACACGGUCGACCGUUUUUGGGACGACCAGGCUAUCCAGACGAUCCAGGAUAUCCAACAGGAAACAGUAAAGGGGGUGAUCGCUAUCCCGACCGAUAUCCAAUUCCAGGCAACCGGUACCCUUACCCCAAUUACUAUCCCAACGACGAUCGUCAUCCUUCGAGACCAUACUAUCCACCAGCGGGUCCCGAUCGCUACCCAGACGAUCGAUACUCAGGAGGGGACAGGUAUCCACCACCUCCGAAUCGACAUCCAAUGGAUCGUUACCCACCAGUCCACGAUCGUUAUCCUGAUCGCUAUCCCGAUCGUUACCCCAUGGAUCGCUACCCCAUGGAUCGCUACCCGAACACCGACGAGCGUUACCCGAUGAGGGGACGGUAUCCGAUGAGGCCUCAAUCACCACCACCACCUCAAGUUAGACCUGGAAUGGGAAGUCGUUUUCCGGCGGUCAUUCACAAAUAUCCAUCCCUUCCAUCUCAACGAUUCCCUGUUGGAUCAACUGGAUUUCCUCCAGCGGACGACAGAUAUCCACAACCACCUGUUGGAUCACCCUUGGAUAGAUAUCCUUUGCCGGAGGACUCGGCAGAUCGAUAUCCAACUGGAAUAGAGGGAAACAGAAUACCAGACAGAUAUCCUGAUAAAGAUGUCAACUAUCCGUAUGGUGAUUCCAGGUAUCCAGGAGGGUAUACGGGUAAAGAAUACGGGGAACGUCCGAUUCAUCCAAUUCUAAGUGGCAGCAGUCCCUACGGACCACGACCACCGGUCGGCGGAAAUGCCUUAGGGACGAAUGCUUACGACGAUGGAUCCAUCGUCGGAGGGGGUUACAUAGGCGAAGGAGGCGUUUAUCAAACUCGUCCUUUCGGAAAUACAGGAGGGCCCAUAAUAGGCCGACCGCCCCUGGUCUCGCGGUGCGAUGAACAAGAAAAUUUCCGACAAGUCGGCCAGGGCACUCGCGUGCGCAAACCGUUCGUUAGGCGCUACACGACCGCGUCGUCCUUGCAACAGUGCGAGCGCGAAUGCGCCGACGCCCGAGAUUUCGUCUGCAGGUCGUUCAACUUCAGGCCCUACGCGGCGCUAUUCGGUGCCGAGAGAGACAAUUGUGAAUUGAGUGACAGAGAUUCUAGAGACAUGGAUAUGGGUAAUCCAAUUUACUACGAUACGAGCUCGGAUUAUGACUUUUACGAAAGGAAUAAUGGAAGACAAGGAGGUGACGAGUGUCUCGAUGUAAGUCAAGUCUGCAACGAAGAUGGUAUGGAAUUUACACUAAGAACACCCGAAGGCUUCAUCGGCAGAAUAUAUACGUACGGGUACUACGAUCGAUGCUUCUUCAGAGGAAAUGGUGGCACCGUUAAUGUCUUGAGAAUAAGUGGAGCCCAAGGUUAUCCAGAGUGUGGAACUCAAAGAUACGGCGAUACAAUGACCAACAUCGUAGUGGUACAAUUUUCCGACUACGUGCAAACUGGCAGGGAUAAAAGAUUCAAUUUGACUUGCUUGUUCAGAGGUCCAGAUGAAGCUGUUGUAACCUCGGGAUACAUUGGCGCUGGCAGAUCCGGCUCUCCGAUACCGAUAGAAUAUCUUCCAGCAGAAAACACCCUGAGCUCACGUAUAAGAUUGCUGAUUCUUUAUCAAGGACGACCCACAACUACCAUUGCCGUUGGAGAUCCAUUGACAUUUAGAUUGGAAGCUCAAGAUGGUUAUAGCUACCCAGCAGACAUCUUCGCCACGAAUGUUGUUGCUCGCGAUCCUUAUUCUGGCCGUAGCGUUCAAUUAAUCGACCGAUACGGGUGCCCGGUUGAUAAUUACGUAUUCCCUGGCUUGGACCGACUGAGAGAAGGUGAUAGCCUCGAGGCACGUUUCAACGCCUUCAAGAUUCCUGAAUCGAAUUUCUUGGUAUUCGAGGCGACGGUUCGUACCUGCAGAGAUGGCUGUCAACCGGCUUUCUGCUCGUCGGCCGCAGGUAGAAGCGAACCGUCUUACGGACGAAAGAAGCGAUCCAUAGAAGGUGAAGAUAGUGGCGGCAACUCAACUGACUUUAGUAGCACAACCGAACUUUACGAGGGCGAAGGCAGCGGUAAUGGAACUGAUACCGAGGACAAAAAAGACGACGAAGAGCAGGAAUUCGUUCAAGAAAUGAUAGAAGUCCUGGAUUCAAGAUUCGAUAUAGAAAAUUCAAUCAAUGACGUAGCCGAGGUCGAUACUGUUGCUGAAAAACACAUUUCACCUGUCGUCAACACUGUUUGCAUUACUCCUAAUGAAUAUUACGGACUUAUAGUUGCUGUAGUAGUUCUUGUCUCCCUAUUGAUAUCGAUAGUGUUGCUGACGAUAAUAAUUUACAGGAAAUACGUGCACUGUGUGAUAGUAAAGAAUAAAAAAGUUGAUAGAUUAUCGAAUCAUAGUAGGAAUUCCGAAGACCUAUACAGCACGCGGAGCAAUAAUUUUUCAUUCCUACGAACGGGUCUCCGUCCGAGUCCCAGCGGCUCGUCCCCGCUGAGAUCGCUGGGCCAGAUGAUGGGCCAGCGCACCUUGUCGACUACCACUUUGGCCGGAGCAUCGGGCAGCCGUCGAUCGAUCGUUGACCCGAGCGAACCGAUCUAUACCGAUCCGUCGCUUUUCGAGGUACCGGUGAAAAAAACCACCCGAGGCCGUAAUGGUAACACUAGUGCUAAAGAAGACUCACGGAGCGAAAAUCCAAACACGAUGUGA